CUAGCGGGAAAUGGUCUCUUAUCCCAGAGAUGGAGAUGGCCGCAAGUUAGGAAAGAGUCUUUCCUGGGCAUUGCAAGUGUAACGGAUACAGCAAUGGUCGGUUUUCUGGUACUGUACGGGCAAUGCUACUGAACGUAGGCAUGCGUGUGUAAGAGCAGCAGCCAUGGUCGGUUCGUCGGAUUCUGCUACUCCCGAGUCCCGACUGCGCGAGCCGUUUCAAGCCUCUCAGGUGGUCACAGUUGACAGAUGACAGAUGACAGAUUCUGGCGAUUUGAGCUAGUUAUUCUCAAUUCUAAGACCCUAAAAUCCAGCUCGAGUGACAGAUGACACAUUCUGGCGAUUCCUGGUCACCCGUCCGUCUUCGGUUAUUCGGCUACAGUAUUAGGUCAUAGGGACUAAGGAUUAGGGGUAAUUCGGCUAUCCGUUCCCAAUACUACUGUACCCAAAGUAUUUUGAGUCGACUCAAAGUACCCAAAGAAAGAUCGAGAGAGGAUGCAGCUCAAAUGGGGCAGGAAGUGUCGAAUGGAAGGUAGGGUUCAGCAGUAAGGGUGGGGGGGGGGUCAGCUGAAUCCCACGCUCCAGGUCGCUGGUUAGGCGUCGUGCUUUCGCGUCGUACGCCGUGUAUUAGGUCUGCGUUGAGAAUUCUAAAAAAUACCGUACGUGUACGUGUAGUUCCGCAGAUUGCCGUUACAGCUGACAUGGAGCGUGGCUGUUGCGUUACGUUUCAGUCCACUCUUGGCGUUACGUUACAGUCCCACUGUCAUGUCCAACAGCCAAGAGCGAAAGUCGCACGAUUGGGACAUGGGAUACAGCAGCGCUGCCCCCGCUGUUGCUUGCCUUCUUACAUACUCGCUGCUAGUUCGCUGCUAGUUCGCUGCUAGUUCAGCGUACUGCCAAAUUUUCCACACGAGAAGAUUGUCGUAAUAUUACCUGAGUGUGCUUGACGUGACCGCCCAGCCAAUAGGGGAGAUGGCCUGCCGAAGAGGCGACUGCUUGGCGAAAAGGGGAUGGCCUCGCGAACUUCGCGAAUGGAUUCUAGUAGCAUCCUUGCUGCUGCGAGACGUGACUGGCCCGUCCGUCAAUUUCUUGACGAGACCUUGGCCAAUCACGUCGCUUCUUUUCAGCCUGUAAUCGCGCAUUGUCUUAACCCGAGGUGAAAGCGUCAGGUGAAAGCGUCAAGUGAGAUAAUGGACUAUAUUAUUACGACAUCCUGGCACACGAAGCAGAUAAUAGGCUAGUGCUACCCUCUCAAGUACGCGCACCAUCUCCACCCUCGCCCGCACUGAAUUGGUAUAGUUUAUUUGAAGUAACUUCACAAGAUUUCGAGUCUCGGCACCACAGCCAGAGCUCGGGCUUAAGCGCUGCUGCUCAGGCGCGAACGGCCGUGGCUUCUACGUCUCUCGCCUUGUCUCCUCCCACGGUGAUGGCGAUGGCAGGAGGAGGCAAAGGAAUCUGUGCGACAGCCGUUCUUCUCGCCGUGCUCGUCCUUCCCACUGUCGUCGCACAACCUGCACCAGGUGCAGCUCCGCCUCCCCCUGGUGCAUUAGCAUCGCCGCCCCCCCCUGGUGCAUUAGCAUCUCCGCCGCCCCCUGGUGCAUUAGCAUCUCCACCCCCCCCUGGUGGAUUAGCAUCUCCGCCCCCCCCUGGUACAUUAGCAUCUCCGCCCCCCCCUGGUGCAUUAGCAUCUCCGCCUCCCCCUGGUGCGUUAGCAUUUCCGCCCCCCCCUGGUGCAUUAGCAUCUCCUCCUCCCCCAGGUACAGUACCCUCCCCACCUCUCCCGUCCCUGCCUUCCCCAUCCCCACCUCCCCCAUCCCCACCUCCCCCAUCCCCACCUCCCCCAUCUCCGCCUCUCGCUUCUCCACCUCCCCCAGACACAGCCUCCCCGCCCCCCCCAGAGGUAGUCUCCCCCCCUCACCCCCCUGCUCCUGGCACACCAGCACCCUCUCCCUGCACCCCCAAACGUCGCCCGUGCCCUUGGCUGUGUGACAACAACGGGGUGAACCAGCCAUGCCGGUUCAACCGGGUGUGUGCGGACGAUGAGGUGUGCAUCCCCUUUGUUAGCAGCUGCGAGGGUUACAAGUGCAUGAAGCUGUUUGGACAGCAUAAAUGAGUUUGCCUAAUGAAAAGUAGAGUGUGUGUGUGGAAGACAAACUCUGCAUCCUUUUGUGAGCAGCUGUGAGGGCUACAAGCAUCUGACACUGUUAAAAGUAGGGUGUGUGUGGGGAAGAUGCGCAUCUCUUUGAGGGUAGUAGCGGCUUUGUACGCUGAUGAAUGCGGGGUGUGCACUCUAAGGUAGGGCCUAUGUGUUCAUGAUUAAUAUUUUAUUUAGGGGCCUUGGAUGGUUUUAUCAAACAUGUGUAUUUGUUAUGUUUGUAUAGACUGUAUAGGGUUGCCUCUUAGAGGGUACAACAUUGAGGUAAAUCUGUGUGUACUCUCAUUCUAUC